CAGUAAACCCUAUUCAAGGGAUUCUCAACAGGAAUAGAUUGCACCGCAAAGUUAAGAAAGUAAGAUUGGAGAGGUUUUAUACCAUUGUCAGAUGCAUGGCCCUUGGUAACUGCAUACCUGGGCGAAUGCCAAGGGUAGCAAUGGCUUUAGCGUGGUGGCAUGUUCCUACCAAUGAAAACUGUUAAGAAAUGUAAUGUGCGUGGAUGUAUGUAUUUGUUUUCUAGGAAUUAUUGCAUUGGGCUCGUCACAAAACACGACAGGGAACGUGAGGCAUUCGCACGAGAAAACAAAACAAUAUUCUACCCCUUUUAGACCAUGGACUGUGACCAUUGAGUGGCCUCGGCUAACAGCUCACAGAUUCAAGAUGAACACAAUCACGUGUGGUUCGACUCUUUGGUGUUUACAGCAGCGUUGAAGGUUUGAACGGACAAACGGGGACGUGUACCAUCCUCCUGAGCCCACUGAUGGCGAACUGGCCCUAAGAGAGGCCACACUGGAAUACGUUUGGGAUUAAUAUGGCGUCAGCGGACAGCGAGGUUAAAACUUUGUUGAACUUCGUCAACUUGGCUUCGAGUGACAUCAAGGCGGCCUUGGACAAAUCUGCUCCUUGUCGCCGCUCGGUCGACCACAGGAAAUACCUGCAGAAACAGCUGAAGCGUUUUUCGCAGAAAUACUCGCGGAUUCCGCGCUGUCAUCCGAGUCGACUGCUGGAUCCCAGUUCGAAGGGAGGGACGGAGGACAAGACGCGAGCCUACAUCCUACAGCAUGCACCUCCCGCUGACCACGACUGUGGCGAAACGUUGUCGGGGACUGGGAAACAACUCGGCAGGCAAAACCAGGUGCCCAUGAGGAAACGGCAGCUCCCUGCGUCGUUCUGGGAGGAGCCGAGGCCGGCCAAAACCCUGCAGCCCUUGAACCUGUUUCAUGUGGAGCAGGUGGAGGCCGCGGCCGAGGGUCCUGCCGGCCCGGGAUCCGAAACCAAGCGGAUGCAAGAAUGCUCUAACCCUCCCAAACUCUCCUCGGCGCUGCCAGCCAUCCCACAGGACUGCGAGAGAGAGCCGGUGAAAUUCCACUUGGCCUCCCUGUCACGCACAAUGAACGUGUGCAGUUGCUGUCCAUUUCAGUACCAUGGCCACCGGGUUUAUCAAGGGCAGCUGUGCUUGCCUCCGUCCGGAUACCCCGACAUUGGUAUAUGGAGGAAGGGGGGCACCCCAUCCACCGACCUACACGCGUACUCCAAAGACUCUCCAAGCGGACAGAAGAUUCACAAACCUGUCGUUUUGAAACCCAUUCCCACGAAGCCCACUGUCCCACCCCCCUUGUACAACGUGUACGGAUUUCUUUGAUCGCCUGUAGUUUGAGUGAACUUUCAAACUUCCAGCAGGGACACUGUGAAACUGGCAGUGUUUGAGAGUGCGCUACGUCUGUCCACUUGGCGUGAUCAUUGAGCAAGUAGUUGUCGGAUAAUAGGCGUGCAAUGGCGCCUUGUACCUGGUCGUGUAGAUACAUUCAAUGCGUCUCUCUCCCGGUAUAUGUCGUGUCUAUGCGCGCGUGUAUGAAUUAGUUUAUGUUGACGGUGUGCGUGUGCGCGUGCACGUGUGCGUGUGCGUGUGCGUG